AUGAAUUAAUUUAAUCAGAAUAUAUUAUUUGCUUUUUGGCAAUCUACUCCAAUAGUAAAUAAACUUCUUAUUAUAAUUGCUGCAAUAUUUUGGAUUAUAGAAUUAUUUAUAAGCAAUUAGUUAAAAUUUUAACCAAUUUCAUUGUAAUAUGUUUGCAUUUGGUAAUUAGUAACAUCAGCAUUAGUUUAAGGUAUUUGAUAAAUUUAAAUAUAUAGGCUCAAUAUUAUCAUUUAUUUUUAAUUUAUGUUGUCUACCUGAUCUUAAUAAUGCUGAAAGAAGAUUGGGGAGUAUUUUAUAUUUGUUAGAAUUUAUAAUCAAAAAUAGUAUAGGAAUGGUAUUGUUUUAUUAAUAAUUUAGGUAUUUAUCUUUUUGAUAGUCAGAUUAUAUUGUUUAUUUAAUUAUGAUAAGGAUAUGAUGUAUUCCAAUCAUUUUGGUUUUUGGAAUGUAGCAGUUUAUUUUAUCACAACUAAGUAAUUUAUUAUUAAAAUCUUAGAGCUCUUAUUUAACCUCAUGAGGAAACUGAAUUUUUAUUUUUCCCAUUAGUUAUUAAAGCUAGAUAUUAUCUUAUAUGCUUACUAGUAUUUUUAUAAUUAUUUAACCAAACUCGAUUUACAGUGCUAUUUUUUGCAUUAAUUGCUUUUUUAGAAUUUAUAAUAUACAAAGGUCCUAUGUUUAGAUUACCUAAGAGAUUUAUAGAAUCAAUAGAAAAGAAAUCAUUUCUUUAAAAAUAUAUUUCAAGAUAAGAUUUCAUUCCUAUUGAUCAAGCAUAUGAUUUAGUCUUUUCAGGAACAUAGAAAAUAGAAUUUCAAAUAGAAAAUUUGAAUAAAGAUAUGGAAUUAUCUCCUGCUGGGUAUAUUUUUAUAAUUAAAUUUUUAAAAGGUAGAUGAGUAAUUCUCAAGAAAAAGUUCAAACUGAAGAUGAAAGUAUGUAAAUUAAAUGA